GUGUCACACAGUGACGGGCACGUUAUUGGAGCUACGUGUACUUCUCUAUCAUGGCAGAAAAUUUUGGCUUUUUUUCUUCCUCGGAUAAGGGUGCGCCGGUCGAAGAGGACCCCGCGGCUGCCUUUAUUGCUCAGCUGGAGAGUGAGAUUGCGGGCAUUGAGAAUGAUGAAGGGUUUGGAGUGCUUGAAGGUGCUGGGCAGCAACCGUUGUCGCAGCCCUUCUACGAUGGCUUUGACAGUGCACCGACAGCCAUCAAUGGAGAUCUUUUUCCGGAGACAAAUGGCCCCAAUGACAGCUAUGCUGCAAUAGCACGAGUGGACCAGCUUAGGCAGGAACCAGAGAGCCUGCGAAAAUGGAGGGAGGAACAGAAAACUAGGUUGGAAGAACUUGACCAUGCAUCAAAAGCAGCAGAGCUAGAGUGGAGAGAAAAGGCCAAGAAGGAGCUAGAAGAAUGGCACUUGCGCCAAAAUGAACAAAUGGAGAAGAACAAAGUCAAUAACCGGAUUGCUGAUAAGGCUUUCUACGAGCAGCCCAACGCUGAUGUGAUAGGCUAUGUGGCCUCAGAGGAAGCUUUCAUGAAGGAGUGUGAUGAGGACACUCCAGGCUCAGAGUGGGAGAGGGUUGCACGGCUCUGUGACUUCAACCCAAAAACCAACAAGCAAUCCAAAGACGUGUCACGCAUGCGCUCUGUGCUUAUAUCCCUCAAACAGACUCCCCUGGUCCGUUAAUUCAAAUUUUGACAGGAGUGAGUAGAUUUUGAGGGCUUUUGCCCCCAAAAUGGCUUCCUCCAGAUAACGGUAGUAGCUACAAAACUGCCGUGUCUUUGUUGCCUGGACCAAGGGUAGUACCAAAUAUGUUGCAAGUGGUUCUUCUCUUACCAUCUUCACCAUGCAGGAACACUCUUGUCUUUUUCCCAAUUUCUUUUUCAACAAUAUUAUUUUUACUAAUAUUUGUUUUUUAAGCUGUUGAUUGUUUGGUUUUCAUUUUGCAUUAGCCCUAUUUAAUAUAUAAAUUCUUAAUAGAGGGCCAUGUUUGAUGUGAAUAUCCAAACCUGACAUGUGGAUAUUCUUGCUUUUGCUGCAUUUUUUUUUCUUGUUGUGCUAGAUAGAUGUACAGGAGCCAAAAUGUUUCUUCAGUGGAUUUUGUAUUCUGCCUUUCCACUAAGAUGAUAGAGGCUCAUGUCUUUCAUCAAAUGAAGGUGCCAUUUUCUUGCAGCGUUUCAUCUAUCUUAGCAAAUGCUGCUUCUAAAAAUGCCUUUUAACAUUGUGUUUUAGUAGCUCCACAGUGCUUAUUUGUUCACUCUGAAGGCUCAGAUGCCUUUUCUGCCAAACAGACAAUCUCAGAAGUUCUACAAUCACGGCCAAUGAUUACCUUCCUAAAGCAAAUGAACCAGUGACAUUUAAAUUUAUUUAAGAGGGGGAAAAAAACACAAAAUGUUUUGUCUGUUACAUUCACAGGUGCCAUAAGCAGCUGUAGAGAUCAUCUUUAGCAAUGAAAUGCCUUUAGGCAGGGCCUCAUUAAAUCUCCAAGUGCAGUUUGGGACUACUUCUACAUGGCUGCUUCUUCUUUAGGGGAAGGAGGAGUCAAGUUGCAUGUCUUAUGGUGAAAAUGUUUAUUGCGGAGAAUUGUUUACAACUUAUAGGAAGAGAAAGUGUUUUCAUAGUGCAGUCUGCAUUACUGUUGCUUUACAUUUAGUGGCAUGUGUCAAAAUAAUCAUCAGAGUGGCACAAAUUCAUGGCCAUUGAUAUCUCCUUUCAGUUUGGUUUAGUUGGAUUUCUCAAGGGUGUGCAUCACCCCAUGACAGGCAUGAAGUGAAACAGUAUUUUUGGGACAGAUUCUGUGUUCAAUUCAGUUUCAAUGAAGAAUGGUUAAAUUCUAAUUUUCAAUCAAAGCAGAAGAACUCCAUCUUGUGUACAAAGGAGGUUUUCAGUCUGUGUGACCAAACAGGCAGGUUAAAGUUUCCAUAUAGUUCAUAAACUGUUACUGACUUUUUCUGGGAGAUUUCCAGAAUUAAUAACCGUUGCUGUUCACAUGUUAUAACAUUUUUGUUAAUAAAUCGAAGACAAAAUAAUUUGGGAAAUUGUUGCCUUCAAUGAUAAAGGUCCAAGUUGUCUAUUUUAUGCAAAAAUUGACUUAAGUGGUGUAAUAAUAUCAGCAAGGCAGUUUUGAUCCUCUUUAGGUUUUAAGUCCCUAUCAUCCAUCCACAUUUACAGUAAAGUUAAUCAAUAUAGCAUUUAGCAAACGGAAAUCCCUGUUGUGAACUGAGCUCUGCCAUCUACUCCAUUGUACGUGGCCACUGUGGCUUUCACCUUUCUGUGCUUUUAGAAGUAGUUCUUGGGUGAUCUGUCUUGGUAAGGAACGUUCUCAUGGAUUUUAGUCUUAGUUAACCAACGGUUUUAAAGUGCUAUUAAAAUAAUGAAACGAGAAACUGCAUUUAGGUGUAUUUCUGCUACAUUUUAAACGAUUUUCACUGCCACACAAUUUUUGCAUAUCUAAUAACAGCUAAAUUUGUGAAGAUGAGAAGGUCUGCUGUAUACUUUUUCGCAAAAAUUAGCCUUUAGGUUUAUCUUCUUUAAUUUAGCUACUCUUUCAUUCAGACUCCUCUUUUUUUAUCAUGACUCUCUAAAAUCUUAAUUUUUAUAAAUUCCUUUAGAUCAAUCUUGGCAGCAUGUUCAUAAAAAAGAUAUUCAUCCUGUGCCUUCUUAUGGACCUAUGAGUACUGAAGUCUGGGAGAAAUUGUAUCUAGUUGGCGUGUCCCACUGAACACUGAUAUUAUGCCUGCCUGUAAGGGAGCUUUAGUAAAAGACCAUCCUGACCAGGCCCUGAAAUCACAGAGCCGCCUCUUCUAAACACAAGCGGACAUUUAAAAGUGGGUCUUUGGGUCACUUUUGUGAGAGCUGCUGCUGUAUGGCAGCCUUUCCAGUCAAUGUGCACUUUUGAUCUUAUCCUAACCACCAUUUUUUUUUUUUUUUUAAUUAUUAUUAUUAUUUUUUCUUUCCUGAGUUAAUUUAGCUAAUUCUUCAGAUUUAUUAGAGUAGUGGCAGUCCGGUUUAAUAUACAUAAAGGUUCGUAUUAUGUGGCUGCCAUGUCCAGAGGGCUAAGCCAUGGCCAACAUGUUGAAAAGUAAAUCAUUUAGCAAGACUGCUAUUUUAGAUCAGAGUAGGCAACACAAUCUACUUGGCUUUUAACAGAUGGAAAGGUUAAUUAUCUCAGUCGGCUUGAGGAAAAUUUACACUACAGGCUCUGAAAUUGUUCAGUGUAUUUCUGUCAGUCUAUGGUUGUCAAUGCUCAGAUUCUGAAGUUUUUUUUUUUUUUUUUGCACUUCCGCCAUGCUGGUCCCCCUGUCUGUCCCCUUAUGAGCCGCGUUUUUGCACCAUGCUGCUGUUACUUUGCAUUUGCCACCUGUUCUUGAACAAGAACACCUCUGCUAAUAUUCAGAUUUUGUGUUUUUUUUUUUUCUUUAAACCCACCCCCCCCUUACUCUUUUUUGUUGGUGCUUAUGUAUUUGUGCAUGACUGCAUUUGGUGUCACUGAAAAUCAAGCAUCACUUUUGGAGAUGAGAUAGCUGUGCAAAAUAAUCAAAACUGUUACUCCACAUGGUUACAUAAAUAAAAAUCAGUUAUCUAGAAA